AUGGCAUCCAAAAUCCCGUCGCGCUCCCUUCUCACUUUCCUCAAAGAGGCCCGCCGCGCGCACCUCCAAUUCAUCUCCUCAGGCUCGCCAUCCCCGAUCUACGUCGUCGGCAACCCCUCCGUCGACCUCGACUCCAUCAUCUCCGCCAUCGUCUACUCCUACUUUGCCCAUAACCGCGCUCAUAUAACUCCAAUUCGACCACAUGUCCCGCUAAUCAACCUGUCGAAUGUUGCCGCGGGAUCGGAACUGCGCAGGUUACGACCCGAGUUCGUGAAGGCGUUAUGGCUCUGCACGGGGAAGAGUGAAAACGAGAAAUGGGAGGAUACGCCUGAGUCGGCGGGGGAUAUGCUGAGAGAGCACAUUGUUACGGUGCAGGAUUUUGCGACGCACUUGCGAGAGAGGAAUAUACAGGAGCAGAGUGCGGAUGCGGUUAUGGUGGAUUGGAAUGCGAUGCCUGUGCGGGAUGGGCAGCGGGGUCGGGGUUCGUUGGAUGGGCUUUCGUCUGUGGUCUUCCAGGUUGUGGGAUGUAUCGAUCACCACGUUGAUGAGGAUUUUCUCCCAUCUGUUGGAUCGCUCCCUUCUGGUCAGCCGCUCGUGGUUGAGCAAUCCGGGUCCUGCACGUCAUUGGUGGUGAACACACUUCGCAAAACAGGUCUUUGGCACGAGAGCGACAAAGGUGAUACUGGGGAGGCGCAAGUCGCUCAACUUGCACUAGCAUCUAUUCUCAUAGACACUGCGAACCUCACUUCCAAGGACAAAGUGACAAACCACGACACCGACGCAUUUGCCUUCUUAUCCCUCAAAAUCCACAAUGAGACGAACACAGCCCACACGGUGACAACACCGUAUUAUGAACAGAUCCACAAAACCAAACAGAAUAGUCUUGAUUUCCUCGCCGUGGACGAGAUCCUUAUCCGCGACUACAAGCAAUGGGAGGAGAAAUCGCGCGGCGAAUCCGUGAGAUUGGGAUUCUGCUCAACUGUGAGGUCCCUGCCUUGGAUUAUCAGAAAAGCAAGCGAUUCGCAGAGACUUCUGGAUUCAUUACGUGCGCUAUGUGAUAAGGAGGGACUUGAUAUCGUCGUCGUCAUGACGGCGUUUACUUCUCCCGCGCGGGACAACCAGUUUUGUCGGGAGUUGCUCGUUUACGCUGCGGAGGGUGAUAAGAAGAAUGAAGUCGUUAAGGAAACUCUUAAUUCAUUUGUCUCCACGGCUAAUUCGCAGCUUGGUUUAACGGAUUGGUUUCCCCUGGAAGAUGGGGUUUCCGACGCAUUAUCGCAGGAUAUCAAGUCCACGCUGAAUCAGGAUGAGUCGUGGAGGCGUGUCUGGGUACAGACCAACCUGAGCAUGAGCAGGAAACAGGUUGCGCCAUUGUUGAGGGAAGCAGUUGCUACCCAGUGA